AUAUAUCUAUAAUAUAAGUACAUGCAUGCAAAUGUGAUUACCAUUUUCACAGUAUAUUAACGAUCAGGUCAUGGGGAUAAAAAGUUAAAUCGAUUAUUUAUCAGGUUAUAUGUGACACAAAACUAGAAAAACAGUGACAUCUAAUUUUAACUGAUUAUCAAUUUCAUAGUUUAAAACCACUUCUGAAUUAUUUCCGUCGCUAUAAUAAUUUUCUUAUACAAAUAUAGAAAAUUCAAUCUUGGAAUUAAUAUUACACUUAUAUAUUGUUAAAUUUCACUUUUGUUCAGUCAUUGAAUAUCAUCUUUGAAACAAUAAAUUCAAUUAUUCUGUGGUCAUAUGAAGGAUCAUGUUUAAAUUCCAUGUACUGUCCAAAGUAAACACAUCACAACGAUUGUUAUAUUUAGUUGGAUUAUAUCUUGUAGUAAUUGUUCAGUUGGUGAGAUCUCAGUCUGAUCUAGAUCGAUGUGCAAUAGUUUGUGCUCCAGAGAAAUGUCAAUGUGUCGGCCCACAAGGAAUACAGGGGCAACCUGGUCCAAUAGGUGUACGAGGUUCGGAGGGACCUCCAGGCGAUGUAGGUCUUAUUGGACUUCGUGGAUCACCAGGUGAGAAAGGUGAACAAGGAAUUCCCGGUGUAUUGGGUCCAAGAGGUGAAAAGGGUUUACCUGGUCAACCGGGUCAUCCCGGUAACGAUGGUGAUCCAGGUCAUCCUGGUAUGCGAGGAGAGAAAGGGGAUAAAGGAGAUAGUGGAUGUGAUGGUGAAUCGGGAGAUAAUGGUGAGCAAGGUGAACCUGGAGCCCCAGGUAUAAUAGGCACACCUGGUGAACCAGGAACUAAAGGUCCUAAAGGAUACACUGGAGGCUCAAGACAAGGAUUAAUGGGUGAGAAGGGAGAACCAGGUGACAUUGGCGAACCUGGAGAAGAUGGUUUGCCAGGACUUGAUGGGGAAGAUGGACUUCCUGGUCCACGUGGACCUCAAGGAGAAUCAGGAGCCGUAGGUUUGAUGGGAGACAUCGGUCCUAAAGGUGAAAGUGGAGUAUACAAUUAUACGAAUAUAAUUCCUGGAGAUCGUGGUGAACCAGGUCCUCGAGGACAAGAUGGUCAACCAUGUGAAGAUAUGGACCGUGAAUAUACCGAAGAAGAACUUAUCAGUUUUACAAGAGGUCAAGCUGGAGACAUAGGUUCACCAGGACCUAAAGGUGACAGUGGAGAGUCAGGUGAUAAGGGUGAUAUGGGUUUACAAGGUGAAGAAGGACCAAUUGGUGAAAAAGGUGAACCUGGUGAACCCGGACUAGAUGGUGAUCCUGGAGAAGAUGGUGAUGUGGGCCCGAUUGGACAACCAGGUAAUUUAGGUUCUGAUGGUCCACCUGGACCAGAAGGUACAAUUGGUGAUAAAGGUGAACGAGGUCCACAUGGUCGUGAUGGUUUACAAGGUGAUCCAGGCCAAGCUGGAAUCCCUGGGAAAGCUACUUGUCCAAUCGAGUUUUUCCCAAAAGGUGAGAAAGGUCUCCCAGGUCAUCCUGGUGAUAAGGGAACUCAAGGAAAACCUGGCUUACCAGGUGAUCAGGGAGAAAAAGGUGUCCCAGGCGAUGAAGGUCCAAAAGGAAUAAGAGGAAGUCAAGGUAAAAUUUGUGAGCCUGGUCCACAAGGUCCUGUAGGUGUUAAGGGUUGGUAUGGAAAAAAUGGGGCACAAGGACAACCUGGAAUUGAUGGAGAUCCAGGACAACCAGGCCAAAGAGGGUUACCUGGAGAUGAUGGUUUUGGUCAUUUAGGUGAAAUUGGUGAAGUUGGUGUGGAAGGCUUACGUGGUAUUAAAGGUGAAUCUGGUGAAGAAGGUGACCCUGGGGAAAAAGGAUUUGGUGGAGAUAGUAAUAUCGGUCCAGUUGGUCCUCGUGGUGAACCCGGUGAUGAUGGAAGUGAUGGAGAACCUGGGAAACACGGCGAACCUGGACCUCCAGGUCCAAAAGGUGAACCGUUAACUGCUUGUCCUUUGUGUAGAGACGGUGAUGCUGGUGCACGUGGAGAAAUAGGGGAUCCAGGUGAAAAUGGUGAAAAAGGAAGUGAUGGUAUGCCAGGUGAUAGAGGUGAUAUGGGUCGACUAGGUGAAGAUGGUUUAAUCGGUCUACCGGGAACCAAAGGUGAAAAAGGUCGUAUUGGUGAAGAUGGUUUUAAUGGUGAUCCCGGUGAACCUGGAGAAUCUGCUAUUGUAUCUCGGGUUGUAGAAGAUGUUAUUCCAGGCGAUGAAGGUGAUGAAGGUCAUGAAGGUAGUAUUGGUGAUAUUGGCGAUAGAGGCGAUGAAGGAGAACCUGGUCCUGUUGGUGAUGAGGGUCCUAAAGGACAACAAGGUACAGAUGGUGAACAAGGACCAAUUGGUGAAGUUGGAGAUGAUGGUGACGAUGGUGAAACAGGUGAAGAUGGUAUCGAUGUCAAAGGUAUGGUUGGUGAAUUGGGUGAAAGGGGUGAUGAGGGUUCAGUCGGUGAGAAAGGUGAAAAAGGCAUAGCUGGAGUGAUGACCAACUGUACAAUUGAUUGGAGACAAUUAGUAGCAAAAAAUGAAUCUGAAUUGAUUGGCGAUCGUGGGGAGAAAGGAGAUGAUGGUGAGGUUGGUGAAAAAGGCUCCCGAGGCAUUGAUGGACGAAAAGGCGAAAUAGGUCAAACGGCAGCACCGUCCGAACGAGGUGAAACUGGUUUUCCAGGUCCUGAUGGGGAAAAAGGAGAUCCGGGUCCACCAGGUAUUGAAGGUCCUCAAGGACUUCAAGGAGAUCCUGGUCAAGUGAUUGAUGGGAUCGAAGGAGAUAUCGGUGAACAAGGUCCUGAAGGCCCAAAAGGAUUUAAGGGGGAAGAAGGCGAUGUGGGUGAUAAUGGUGAUUCACCAGAACGUACUAAGGGUGAACCUGGACCCGACGGUGAACCUGGAACUGAAGGAGACGAAGGAGAACCAGGUAUUCCUGGACAAAAAGGAGAACCUGGGGCUGAAGCCGGUCAGCAAGGGGAAACUGGUAGCCCUGGAGAAAAGGGAGAUUCUGGACCUAAAGGUCUACCUGGCCCUAAAGGAGAACCCAGUUCGGAUAUGGAGUCGGGCGAUCAAGGUCCCAAGGGCGAACCCGGUUUAAUGGGAUCAGAAGGAGAAAAGGGUGGUGUUGGUGACGUUGCUGAAUGCAAUGAAGCCGGUUUAAUCGGAGAUCCUGGACCUGAUGGAGCAAUGGGAACAAUUGGCAGUCCAGGUGAUGAUGGAGAACAAGGAGAAGAUGGUGAUGUUGGACCGGAAGGAGAACCGGGUCCUGAUGGAGAACAUGGUGAGAUUGGCGAUAUAGGAAUAGAAGGUAUUCGUGGUAUUACUGGAGAAAAAGGCGAACCAGGUAGUAUGGGUGAUAUAGGUGAAAAGGGCUCUCCUGGUCCAGAGGGUGAAACUGGAGAUAUUGGCCCACAAGGCCCACAGGGUGCGGAUGGUUCUCAAGGUUUAACUGGUGAUCCUGGACCGAAUGGGGAGUUUGUGGAAGGUGAACGAGGAGAUACUGGGCCAGAUGGAACUCAGGGAGAACAAGGUGAGAAGGGUGAACCUGGUCCACCUGGAGAAGUUGGUGAAACAGGUCCUACAGCUGAAACUCUGCCCGGUAUCAAAGGGGAACCUGGACAACCCGGUGAAGAUGGUCAGUUAGGUGAACCUGGGCUAGAUGGUAACGAUGGAGAACCUGGGCUAAAAGGUGAUGAAGGUUUAAUGGGGGAGCCUGGAUCAAAGGGUUCACGUGGUCCACGCGGUAAAGUCGGGAAUGUUGGUGCAGAGGGUAGUAGAGGAGCCAAAGGAAACGUUGGUUCUGAGGGUGAGCUGGGUCCAGAUGGUGAAAAAGGGGAUAGGGGGGAAGCAGGUGAUAUUGGUCCUCCCGGUAAUACGACUGCUGGACUCAAAGGGAGAGAGGGACUGGAAGGACCUCAAGGAGUAGAAGGUCAAGCUGGUGACUUAGGGGAACAAGGAGAAUCAGGUAUACCCGGUGAAGAAGGUGAUCAAGGUGAUGAAGGACCAACUGGUGAAACUGGAGAAAUCGGAACACCUGGUUCAGAAGGUGAUAUAGGACCUGAAGGAAACGAAGGUCCAAUCGGAGAGCAAGGUUCGGAAGGAGAUGUUGGUAUGAUAGGAGUAUAUGGACCAGAGGGAGAAAAAGGCGAACCAGGUCUUAGAGGUGAUUCAGGUGAAGCCGCCAAAAACUGUUCCAUUGGGCCGAAAGGUCAACAAGGUCGACUAGGCCCACUGGGGUUACCUGGACCACAGGGACCACCUGGCGAUCAAGGACUACCUGGGCUACGUGGUAAAGAUGGUCCACCAGGGGUUGGAGUAAUUGGAGCACCAGGAGAACUUGGUGAUACUGGACACAUCGGUCUACCUGGAGAAGCAGGAGAACCAGGUGAUCAAGGUCCUGAAGGCCCUUCAGGUUUGGCCGCUCUUACUGGUGAGCCAGGAAUGAAAGGAGAACGAGGAACACCAGGAGAUAUUGGGGAUCCGGGAGUGGGAGGUGUGCAAGGUCUUCCUGGUUACGAUGGAGAAAAAGGUAUACAGGGAUCACAAGGUUCAUCAGGAAUAGAUGGAAUUGAUGGUAUUAUGGGACCAAAAGGGUUUUCUGGAGAUCAAGGCCCGUCAGGGAAUCGUGGACAAACUGGUGAUCAAGGCGAAAUGGGCGAAGCUGGUAUCCAGGGUCCAAAGGGAGCUCAAGGAGUUGCAACAAGAGGGGAGCUUGGUGAAAUAGGUGAUCCUGGUGAAAAUGGAGCUCUUGGAGAACAAGGAGACCCGGGUCCUGAUGGUGAAGUGGGGGAUGAUGGAGAUAUUGGUGAAAAAGGAGAAAAAGGUCAACCUGGACUAGUAGAGGGUGAGAGAGGUGAAGUAGGUGAUGUAGGAGAGCGUGGAGAUAUUGGAGAAGUUGGACCUCCUGGUCCUCUCGGUGAUGUUGGCCCCAAAGGUAAAAAUGGUGAGAAGGGACAACCAGGUCAAACAAAUUACUCCUCUAUAUUAUUUGCUCGUCAUUACCAGACGCCGUUUGUCGAUGACCUUACAUGUCCAACUGGGACUAAUAAACUGUUCACUGGUUACAGCUACGUUAUGGGAGGAGGUGUGGAUGAUUUAGUCAGUAUGGAUUUAGGUACACCAAGUUCAUGUUUGUCAAAGUUCAGUUCAUUACCAAUGACUCAAUGUGAAAGAGAUACAACUUGUCAAUCAAGUAUGAGGCAUGAACGAUCCUACUGGUUGGCCACAUUGGUACCUCGAUCUGAACAACCGAUUCCAGUAGAUCAAACGGCUGAUCAAAUUGCUAGAUGUGUAGUCUGUGAAGCUCCUGCACAUGUGUUUGCUUUUCACAGUCAAGGUGAAACAUUACAACCAUGUCCGAAUACUUGGACUGAAUUGUGGACAGGUGUUAGUUUAAUACUUCAUACUUCUGGUGCUCAUGGUGGAGGUCAACAAUUAUCUUCACCUGGAAGCUGUAUGGAACAUUUUCGUUAUUCACCAGUUAUUGAAUGUAAUAAUAAUGUAGGAAUGUGCCAUUAUUGGUCAGAUGCAAAAGUUUAUUAUUUAAGGGCUCUUAAUCCAAAUAUUACACAAUUUGAGAAACCAGUAGGUUUUGUUAUGAAAGCAGCUGAAGGGCCAGUUUUGAAUAACGUUAGUAAAUGUCGAGUCUGUAUGAAAAUCCCUGCUUAAAUAAAUAGUACUCAUAUCCAUAGAUGAAUAAAUAUACAUACAGAGUAAAUACAUUUGUUGUUUCAAAAACUAUAAAUGAUAGGAAACAAAAUAAAUGAAAGAAUAACAUCAUGUCGACAGGUUAAUUAAUCUUCAACAUUUAUAUCCAUAUAUACUCCAUUUCUUAUUAUAUUUUUCUUUCUGUUUUUCAUUCUUUCUAAAAUUUUCUUUCAACUUACAAUUUUUAUUCAUUAUUACCUGGUUAUUUUAAAAGUUGAUUUGUUUUUUCUCCAUUUUAUAUUCUUUUGUUUAAAUAGGCUACUUGAUAUUGAUACCCUUUAAUUUUUUUUUGAAUUUAUUCUGUAUUAUUAUUCGUUUUAUUGAAAAUGACACGCUUUUUUUAAAAAAAACCCAGAAAUAUCUUUGCUUAUAUGUGCUUAUUGAUUUUGAUUUUAAAUUUUUUGUUUAAAACAACAAUUUAAAAGCGCCAUAUUCAAUCUUAGUCAUAAUAAGCAUGAUAUAUAUAUGAAAUAUAAUAUGAUAUAGAAGAAUGAUCAAUAUUUAAUCUUUUGAAAUAUUUAUAACAAUAUUUACAUACAGAUUCUUUAAUAUUGUGAAUUAUAUUGAUAAUAUUUAGUAGUAAUAAUAAAGGUUUUUACUGUAAUU